UCCACGAUUUUUACAUGGAUUUUAUUGAAAAUUUAAAAUCAAUGAAUCAACUUGAAUAUCAUUUUGCUCUUCACCUCAAGAUCAGCUUAUAUAUCAAGAAAUAGCAUUCAUUUUGGUGAGCAGACGGAGGAUAAAGCUGAAAUGAGAAAUAUAACGUACUAGUGAGCUGUCAAUGUUCAUAUCGUUUUGAAACAAAGAAACGUCAAAAUAUUGUAAACACACAAACAUUCAUACUAAACAGAUCAACAGUGAAUGAAAGAUAAAUACUACGACGAAAUAAAAUUCAAUCGUUUCAAAUAAAUUGAAAGCAUUUUGCUUCACAAGAGAAAACAAUUACGUGGAUAACGUAUGCAAAGUGAAUGUAAAUGCAAAAUAAAUAAUUUCUAUUUAAAAGUUUAAAAAGUCAUUUUCAGAAAAACAUGGACGACGACAAUGAAUUGUACGAGAAUGGGCAAGAAAUCGGUACGAAUGAUGGAAUUUUGUUGAAAAAAGGUCCGGCUGCAUUUUUGACUGAAAUAAUCCAAGCAACAACUGGUAGCUUAUCAUUGGUGCAUUAUUUAUCAAAUAAUUUGUGCAUCGAAUGGAAACGGAACGAUCACUAUUUAAUUGCUGAUGCGGACACCCAAGAACAGGGCGAUUGGUCAUUUGUUGAUACGAUAACAAAACGUCAACGAACUGCUAGUGAGUGUAAUGUUUUCGGAAGUGGCCCCGCACCAGUUCAAUCAAAAGAAUCAAACGGAACGGCAACCGAACGACAGCCAACGCCACAAAAUCAUAAAACGAAUAUAUUACGAGCUCGAAUUUGUGAUUUAAAGUAUAUUGAUGUGUUACGAAAUGGUCAUAUUAUUCGAUUAACAAAUAGAUCGGAUGGUAAAUUGCAUAGUGAGUAUUUUUUUCAGAACGGCAACGCCGAUGGAUUUGUGCGAAUGCUACAAACAACACAUUGUUUACAACGAAGCCGACACAAUAAAAAUCAAUUUGAAAUCGUCGAUAAUAUUGAGUAUGAUAAUGAGAAAUUGCAAAAAACAUUUGCCGAAUUGAAAAUUGACGACAUUAAAGCGGGAAAAGGUGGUGGCUGGAUAUCGAAUAUUGUACGCAAUCCAUUGGAACAAACGAUUGAUUUUUUGGCAAAAAUGUCGGACGUAUACACCAUAGCGGCUGGUCAAAGCAGCGCCCAAACAUCGCCGAUCAAAUCAGAUGCAAACAAUUCAAACGUUAGCUUCUCAUCAAAUACAGAUGAAUACGAGGUUCUAAGCAAUUCACCGAAAUUGGACAAUCAAUUUAAAUUGCCAACACGUCCGACGGUAACGAGAGGAUCACCGUUAUCGGCCAAACAAUGGAGCGAAUUUAUCACUGAAGACGGUCGCAUAAGCGAUGUUGAACGGGUUAAGGAGGUGAUUUUUCGUGGCGGCAUCGAUGCCGGCAUACGCUCCGAAGUGUGGAAAUAUUUACUGAAUUAUUAUGAUUGGGAUAUGACAACCGAACAAAAAAUCCAGCAUAAAAAUCGAAAAAGCCAAGAAUAUUAUCAAAUGAAAUUGCAAUGGUUGUCGAUGUCACAAAUUCAAGAGAAAAACUUUGGGGAUUAUCGUGAUCGAAAAUGUCAAAUUGAAAAGGAUGUCAAACGAACUGAUCGCACACAAGAAUACUUUGCCGGUGACGAAAAUCCAAAUUUAAGCGUUUUACAAGACAUUUUAAUGACGUAUGUGAUGUACAAUUUUGAUCUUGGCUAUGUACAAGGGAUGAGCGAUCUGCUGGCACCAAUUUUAUGUAUCAUGGAUAAUGAGUCGGAUGCAUUCUGGUGCUUUGUUGGAUUCAUGGAUGUUGUGUUUAGUAAUUUUGAUAUGGAUCAAGCGGGAAUGAAACGACAAUUACAAGAUUUGAACAAAUUGUUAGCAAUCGCCAAUCCACGACUAUAUGCGUAUUUCAAAGAACACAAAUCGGAAAAUAUGUAUUUCUGUUUUCGAUGGUUGCUUGUGUGGUUCAAACGUGAAUUCACAAAUGAAGAUAUUUAUGAGCUGUGGGAAUGUCUAUGGACCAAUUUGCCGUGCAUGAACUUUCAUUUGUUUGUCAGCGUCGCUAUUUUAGAUGAUCAACAAAAUAUUUUCAUCGAUCGAAAGUAUGAAUUCAACGAAAUUUUAAAGCAUGUCAACGAAUUAUCAUUACAAAUUGACUUGAAAUCGUCGCUCGAAAAAGCCGAAGCCAUUUAUUUACAAAUCAAAACAAUGGAAGAACUAACAGAUGAUAUUCGGCUGAUCAUAGGAGAAGAACCGAUCCAAAAAAUGGAGAAAAUUGACGACGAAUAUGAUGAUAAUUUUGAUGAAAUCGUCCAAAUUUCAAAGAAUGCCAAAGAAGAAAUUGAAAUUCAAAAAAAAAUUGACGAGGCAUGCGAACGCUCGAUGUAUAACUCAUUUUACUGAUGAAACACAAACACAUGCACAUAUUUCGAGUCAAUUGAAAUUCCAUAAAAUGGUGCUUUAUUAUUAUUAUUAUGGUAUUUAUCCAGCAUAAAACUUAUUAAAUUAAGAACAUUUUUUUAUAAGCUAGCAUAACACAGAAUUUCACAAUAAAUAUUACUCUUUGUAACUCUA